AAAGGAGCCUUAACAGCGGCCGCUCGCACAAACACUCACAGUUUCCCUCCACCCGCUGCCUUCACUGUCUCUGACGCUGUCAGCAGACGAUACUUCCCCGGACGAAUAGGAAAAACAACAACAACAGUUUUAAUUCCCCUCUCUGGCUUCCGGGUAUUUGUGGAGUUGCUGCAACUGUUGGUGAAGAGAGUGAAGACAACAGACCGGUUGACUCCCGGUUUAAUUCAUUCUUUUUUCCGUCAUGGAUCGUGGAAAGAUGGUUUUUAUUACAAAUUUGAGAUGUCCUUUUGCAUGGAUCUGAUAAUGUUAAACCGCACUCCUCUUCACUGAGCAUCUCUACAGCCACAAACCAGCCAUUAAGAUGGCUUUGCACAGGAUAGCAGGCACUGCCAUGAGUUCAUUAACAACAGGUGUCCAGUAUCUCGGCUCCAACGACGCCAGCUAUGACGACGCCUCCGUCGACUCGACUCUGAUCAAGAACCGGUUCCACUUUGAGAAGCCCAACUCUGCCUCAAUCAGUAACUCGUUCCCCGGACUCGUCCCUGUGAAUAAGGAGGUCAUUUACAGCGGCCUCGCUCCCAUUUUCCCCACCAACGUGUCAGACUUUCUGCUCGGCAACGGCACGUCUGUGGAGAGCCAGUGUGGGGAGGACUUUGUGGACAACAUGGAGUGUUUUAUGAUUUUGACUCCCAGUCAGCAGCUCGCGGUCGCCAUCUUGGCGCUCACCCUGGGAACAUUCACGGUGCUGGAGAACCUCAUGGUGCUGUGUGUGAUCCUGCACUCCCGGACGCUCCGUUCUCGCCCUUCCUAUCACUUCAUAGGCAGCCUGGCUGUGGCCGAUCUGAUAGGCAGCAUCAUUUUCGUCUACAGCUUCCUGGAUUUCCAUGUCCUCCACAGGAAGGACAGCCCCAGUAUUUUCCUGUUCAAGCUGGCCGGGGUCAUCGCCUCCUUCACCGCCUCUGUAGGCAGUCUGUUUCUCACCGCCAUCGACCGCUACAUCUCCAUCCACAGGCCGAUGGCGUACAAACGCAUCGUCACGAAGACCAAGGCAGUCAUUGCCUUCAGCGUGAUGUGGGCCAUCUCCAUCGUCUUCUCUCUGCUGCCGCUGCUGGGGUGGAACUGCAAGCGUCUCAACUCCGUCUGCUCCGACAUUUUCCCCCUAAUCGACCAGAAGUACCUCAUGUUCUGGAUCGGGAUGACGAGCAUCUUGGUCCUAUUCAUCAUCUACGCCUACAUGUUCAUCCUCUGGAAAUCCCACCACCAUGCUGUCCGCAUGCUGAGCCGCAGCUCCCAAAGAAGCGUGAUCGUCUACACCGCGGAGGGCACCAAAGUGCAGACGGUGAGGCCCGAGCAGGCGCGGAUGGACCUCCGCCUGGCUAAAACCCUGGUUCUGAUCCUCGUGGCCCUUAUCAUCUGCUGGGGCCCGCUGCUGGCCAUCAUGGUGUACGACCUCUUUGGGAAGGUGAAUGACUUCAUCAAGACUGUGUUUGCCUUUUGCAGCAUGCUCACGCUGCUCAACUCCACCGUGAACCCUGUGAUCUACGCCAUGAGGAGCAAGGACCUGCGCAGGGCCUUCGUCAACAUCUGCCACGUGUGCUGGGGAGCGACGCAGCCUCUGGACAACAGCGCCGAGAGCGACUGGAACAGCAGGAGCGUGAGAGGCGGGGCGGGGAAAGAUGGAGUCGUCGGUGGAAAAGCUCGAGUAAAAGUAGCCCAGGUUACCGUUUCUGGAAUGACUGAGACUUCUACUGCAGAGCCGGUCUGAAAGAGAAGCUGCCUUGCUCUGGUACAGCUGUGAAGUUAUUGUAGGAUAACCCUAUUCGUCCUAGCGCACUGCUUUGUAACAAUGAAAUGUGCCAAAAAAUGACCUAGAUACAGAACUGAAAAACGCGUUUCUGUUGCUUUUAAGCUGAAAUCUAUUAUUAUAGUUGUAUGGUGGAGUGCAAUGAGACUAAAGACGGUGCAUUAUCUCUUUAUUCUGUUGGUUUAUUUAAAAUGGUUUAUUGCGUUGCACAAGUCUGAUUAUAGCCUUUUGGGUCUAAUUUUCAUCAGUAAACAAUAGUGGUAAUCAUAAGAACCAGUUAUUUUCUGCGGUAACAUUUGCUGUAGUUUAAAUAUGCAUUAAGUUAAAGAUGCAUAUGAGUUUAAAGGGAGACCAAUAUCACGUUCAAUUUGGUUCUUUUUUUCACAUUACAUCAUGUGGCGUUAAUUCAAGGUAUAAUUGGGUCUCCCUUCAUGCAACAUGUGAGUUUUGAAUUACAGCAAACUACUUGUAAAUAAAAUUAGCAUCUCAUUAGUGAUUUUAAAUCAGCUAUUAAUGAGGACCAUAAUAUUUAUUGCAUAUUUUGUAACUAUUACUUCGCAAAGGCAAACGGUACUUUGAAAUAUGAGCAGCUUAUUGAUCAAAUCAAAACAUUAGUCUGUCGUGAUUCCAGAAUGUAAUAUACUUGCUUAUAACACAUGUGCUUAUGAACCAGUUAGAGCAUUGUGUGAGGAGCCACACUUUGGUAUGUAUGUGAGGCAUCCAUUGUGCCGUUGUGUCUCAUAACAGGGACAAGAGGGAGAAGAGACAUACGUUCAAUAAAUAUAUGAAAUUUG